AUGGUGGAAAUUGAAAUUGGAGAAUAUCGCAUCAAUUACUAUGCUACUCAUAAUAAAUGCGAUGACUGUGGUGCUACAUGUGAAAGACCGGACAACUGCUACACGCCAGAAUGUGCGAAGGAUGCAGCAUUGCAUGGAAAACGCCUGGAUUACAUUAUGUAUAAAAGUGGCCGAAGAAAGGCGAAGCUAGUGCAUUGUGCGGUGCGAAUGAAUCAAAUUCCGGGCGAAAAACCGAUCAACUACAGCGAUCAUAUUGGUGUAUAUGCGGAAUUUUCCAUAUCCGAUCAGCACCACCCAGUAUUCUUUUGUUUUAAUAUGCUUUUAUUUAAUUUAUGGAAGAGUGUGGUGUGUAUGUUUCAGACAGCGAUAUUUCGAUUUUUGGUGGCACUAAUAAUCGCAUUUUGCCUCUGGCACGGUUUAAUCGGUCUUACAAUGGAAAUGAAAGCUUUAAAAGCAUCGAAAGCAUCGAUUGGAAUGCUUCUCAACGACUGA